UUUUUUCAGAUUUGUCAAAAGUCAUUCACUCACAACCGAGCCAGCGAAAUUCUUCCCGCCAAUCCACGCAGAUCGUAGCCAUCACACGGCCAACCAACCGUUAUCUCUACUCGCGCUCUCUCCCGGGUCUCUCUCACGCAUGUCGCUUUUAUCCAACAAGGGCACACCGCCUCCCCCUGCCGACGACCGUGCAACCAGCGGGCGCGCAUGGAGCACCAACUCGGUUCAUUCACCACAUGUUACAUCAGAGCUGCCCCCCUCGCAUGGUCGAUCUCGUUCCGCCCGACUAAGCGCGCUGUGCUCGAACUACUGUAUGCGCGUCCUUCAGGGAUGGCGACCGCUGUUGCUGGGCCAGUUCUUGGCCAUGAUGCUCACCGGAACGGCUGUCUCGAGCCAGCUGCUCGUCAGCGAUUACGGGGUCAGUUUCCCAACCACGCAGUCCCUCCUCAACUACCUCUUGCUUUGUGUCGUCUACGGUGCCAUGUGGGCAUACGACACCCGGCGACAAGCUCGGUCGGCGAGCGCCACCGACGCGACCGCUGCUGAAACCGCACCAACCUUCGCCGUCGCGGUCAAGAGGGCGCUGGCUCAGCGCUGGUGGCGCUAUGUUCUACUCGCCUUCGUGGACGUUGAGGCAAACUAUCUCAUUGUUCGCGCAUACGAGUACACGACCAUCACAAGUGUUCAGUUGCUGGAUUGCUUCACCAUCCCGUGCGUCAUGGCUUUGUCAUGGUACUUUCUUCGUGUUCGAUUCCGGCCGCUGCAUGUCCUCGGAGUCGCAAUCUGCCUAGCGGGCAUUGGAGGGCUUUUUGCUUCUGAUCUUGGCGGCAACGAUACGUCGAGUGCUAGCAACGCAACCGUGGGUGACAUUCUCACUCUCUGCGGCGCCUUGCUGUACGCAGUGUCGAAUGUUUCGCAAGAAUUUCUCGUCAAGACGCAAAAUCGUUACGAAUUUCUGACCAUGCUGGGUCUCUUUGGAACCGUCAUUAGUGCUGUUCAAGUGGCAAUCUUUGAGCGCGACGAGCUUUCUACUGUCGGCUCGGCUUGGCAAAUUCCACUCCUGGUUUUGCUCUUCUCGGCAUGCUUAUUCUCGCUCUACUCGCUGGUGCCAACCUUGCUGGUCUUGUCGUCGGCCACCUUCAUGAACCUGUCGUUUUUGACGGCCGAUGUUUACACGCUCCUAUUUGGUCUCUUUUUGUUUGGGUACAAGCUCAGCUGGGUCUAUUUCGUCUCGCUGGCCCUGGUCGUCUUUGGUCUUGCGUUGUACAACUUGAUACCCGUCCCCGAAGCAAGUCCUGCCCGAAAGAGCCGUGAUGCGGUCGAGGAAGGUGAUAGCAGCCCCCUGCUCCCGGCGAGCCCCGCUGAGGUGUCUCCCGACGACGAUGACAUUGAGGAUGUAGGUGCUUUGCGCGUAUGAGCUUGAGGAAGGGGCACAUUGUGGCACCUUCCACAACACCCGAUUGAGAUUCGAACGAGUUCUCGGCAUGAAAGCUGAGUGCUUCCAAACCCCCCCCCCCAAUAUCCUCGACGUCGG